AUGGAUCCUUCAGUAUCUAAUUUUCUCCAAGAACUUCAAGCAGAGACACAAAAAGUAAAGUUUAAUGAGCAAGUACAUUCUUUAACAGGACGUUGCUGGGAUAUUUGUUUUCCAGACAAUCGUUUUCCAUCAAGAAUGGAUGCUAGAAAUGAACGGUGUUUGAAUAAUUGUGUUAACCGUUUGAUUGAUGCUUCAGCCUUAAUGAUAAAUCAUCUUCAAAGUCACGUUCCAGGUAGUGGUGGUGAUCAUAAAGAGGUAGAAACAAAAAGUUCUUCAUGGUGGUAA